CAAGCUACCGCGCAUGCGCAGCAGGUGGUAAAAGCUGGACGCACAACAACAACGCCAACAACAUACUCAUCGUUUCUAUUCUCAAUAACCUUGAUCUAAGAAAGGGAAUGGAACUUCUGGAGGAAUACUGCUAUUGCUUGUGGCGCCGUGGGGGAGACUGAACCCCCCCGAAACGACACUUUAACGAACACGGAGGAAGAGAGAAGUGAAACCUUUCGCCGGGGCGACACUUAUUUUUUGGAAGUCGCUCCCAACAGUUUGACACAACUUGCUUUCUGUUGUCAGUGUGCGCGUUAAAUACCCUACGACGACAUGUAACGUUUGUGUUAUAAAUAUCGUUAAGGGAUCCGGGAAACAACCCACCGUACCCCCCCCACCCCUCGUGAAUCUCGUCUUCUACAUGAGCCAGCUGGCGGGAUGUCGCUGACUUCAGGCGGCUGGACUCAAGCCACCGGGUGCGGACCGGAGCGCCCCGCCGCCCUCCCCGCGCCCUGCGGGGCCUCGGGCUCGCUACUCGGCUGCCAGACCGUGCUCAUGUCGGUGCGGGUGUCGGUGUGCCACUCCGGUAUCCGGCCGCUGUGUCUUCCGGGAGCCGGCGAUGAGUCACUCCGCCUGCAGCUGAGCAUGGACCCGGGAAAGUCCGGGGAAUUCCGGCUGACGUUACAGGACGGCGGCGGCACCGGCCGCAGCGUGACCAUUGCUGAGUUCGAUUUGAGGACGGUAAAAUAUGAGGUGAAGUCACCGAAGUCCCACGAGCUGAGUUUGGCGGCGCCUCCACACGACCGCAUCAGCUUCAACUUCCGCUGUGAGCAGGAGGCCCAGGAGUGGGCUACGGUGGUGAUUUCUGCCCUGAGUGAAGCACGCAGAGUCGCUCCUCAAGAAAAUGAUCCACAGCCCCCCCUAGAGGGUCUCCAUCGUCAUAGCACCCUCACCUUGCAACAAAAAGAGGAUACUUGCAUAGAGUUGACCCGAGCCAUAGAAGCAGGCGACACGCAAUCUGCUUCUGACUUUGCUGCCACACUCGCCCGACAACAUGCCGCGCUCAAGAUUCAGCCGUCCGCCAAAGACUAUGAAGACACAGAAAUCAACUUGGCUGUUGCAGUUGAGGAUUCAUCUUCGUCCUGUUGUGUCACUGUGAAAGUCUCCCCGCACAUGACUACCGCAGCACUUAAACAGCAGAUGUUUCUUGAGUAUGGCUUCCACCCGCGGGUGCAGCGCUGGGUGAUUGGCCAGUGUCUGUGCACCGACCAGCGCUCUCUGGCUUCAUACGGCGUUCGUCAGGACGGGGACACGGCCUUCCUGUACCUCCUGUCAGCCCGCCACGCUCGCUUGACCUUCCAAGUCCUCCAGCGGGACCAGGAGAGUGCCCUCCUCCUCGGCCCCCAGUCCCUGUCUCUCCCCGGCCCUCACCUCGCUGCUACCGCUGCAAACGGCGCCCCGUCCCCGGCCCGGAGGCCUUACGCCACCCUGCCUCCGAGGCUCCACAACAGCAGCAACACUGACAUGGUUUCAGGUGGGUCAGAGAGAGGAAAUUUCCAUGAGAUCAGAGAUCUCAUCAACCUGGAGAUGCCUCAACUCAACAAAGCACUGACUCCCAAAACAGCCUCCACACAGGGUUGGUCGUGUCCUUCUUGCACUUACAUCAACAAACCGACCCGGCCGGGCUGUGAGAUCUGCAGUACAAACCGCCCGGACAGCUACGUCAUCCCUGGCGGAUACCGACCAGACGCACUGGAACUCAGACGCAUCCAGCAGGAGAAGGAGGCUGUCAGACAGUACCAGCAGGCAAGGGAAAAGGAGCGCGGGGAGAAUUUCGCCCGGUUAGUGAUGAUGGAUGGCCGCGACCUGCUGCCUAACCCGGAGUCCGUGGACUGCAGGAUCUGCUACGUGGACCUGAAGCCCGGAGAGGGCGUCCUCCUCAGGGAGUGCCUCCACUGCUUCUGCAGAGAGUGCUUAUGUUCGGUCAUCAUGCUGAGUGAGGAGCCGGAGGUGGCCUGUCCCUAUAGAGACGACACGUAUUCCUGCACGUGCUCCCUGCAGGAGAGGGAGAUCAGGGCCUUGGUGCCAGCAGAGGAGUAUGAGCGCUGGCUGCAGAGAGGUCUGUCGGUGGCCGAGUCCCGGUGCGAGGGCAGCUACCACUGCGCCACCCCCGACUGUCCGGGCUGGUGUGUGUACGAGGACACGGUCAAUGUCUUCCACUGCCCCGUCUGCAGGAAACACAACUGCCUGAUUUGCAAGUCUAUCCACGAGGGAAUGAACUGUAAGCAGUACCAGGACGAUCUUGCAGCCCGUGCUAUGAAUGAUUCCGCUGCCAGGAGGACGACACAUCUACUCAAGACUCUUGUGCAGUCAGGUGAGGCCAUGCACUGUCCCCAGUGUGGCAUCAUUGUGCAGAAGAGAGAUGGAUGCGAUUGGCUGCGCUGCACUGUCUGUCACAUUGAGAUCUGCUGGGUAACGAGAGGACCCCGCUGGGGACCUACGGGUCCAGGAGACACCAGCGGAGGAUGUCGCUGCAAUGUUAAUAAUCAGAAAUGCCAUCCGAAAUGCCAAAACUGCCACUGAGAAUCUCACGAUCCAUCUGAUUGUGGGAUGGAAUGAAAGAAUCAACUGUUUACAAGUACGCAGGGAGGGAAUUUUACCUUAACAAUAUUUGCACUGCAAACCUAGCCAUACAGGUGUGUUGUCUUCUGUUUUUGUAGUUACAUACCGGAUUGCAAGUGGCCUUAUUCUUGUGCACAGAAGCUGUAGCGGAGUGUUUGUGAUGAUGUUUUUCUGGUGGAUUUGACAAAGUGAAUGUGGUGGAUUUGACAAAGUCAAUGUUCUUGAAAUGCGAUUUUCUGCAUUUACUGCAUCAAAAAAUUAUUCCUGUUAAGGAGCUCAUGGUGCGUAUGGUGAUAUUAGUCUGCAUACUUAACCUCUUAGUAGUGGUUUAUAGCAAAUAGUUUCUAAUUCAUGCAUGAAUUUGUUAUCCUGAUUCAUAAGUGGGAAAGAAACAACACACUCACUUAAACCUAAUAAGAGCAUGCAGGUCUCAACACCUGCACUCUCUCUUGCCCACCAGACUGUCCCCAGAACUACACUACUGCCCCACACUGACAAGCCAUGAAUACGCCUUCACUGUUAAUAGUGUGAGAGUAUCAGCUCUGGGUUGCUGAUGCACUGUUGUGCCUUCACUAUUAUUAAUAAAACCAUUUAACCUCA